ACGACUUGGGGCGCCCCGCCCUUCUGGUAUAGAUAUUUUCUUAAAACGACCUAUUUAGAGAUGUCAUUGCGCACCAUCUGUGGAGCUGGUGGGACAUUAACUUGGGUGUCCUAGCUCAUAGGCAGGAGCGCUAGUAACAGGGAGUUCCCUUGCGGUGUAACAUUCGGAAGCCGGCUCGCGAGCUUGUCAUCCCAUCCUAGUGUAACAUUUGGAAGGCAGCGCGGGGCCAUUCAUAAAAGAGUAUCUGGGAUUGGAACGUUGUGUCGUCCAGCGGAGCGCGCGCCCCGCAUUGUAACCAUGUCCCAGCUGAUCGCGCUGGCUCGCUGCGGAAUCUGCGCCAGGUCCGCCCUCGCCCCCGUCGCAGCGCACCAGCGAGCCGGCGGAACCGCCGUCAGCCGGCGCCUCUGCGGCGUGCGAUGGCUCAGCCGGCACGGCGUUCGGAAGAUCGGCCUGGGGGACGGUGUUUGCACGGGGCUGCUGGUCGGUGGCGCCGUGCUGGUCGGGGUCACCGCCGUCGGCUUUGGGCUCAGCCGUCAGCGGGCCGUGAUGGCAGCGGAACGCUGGCGCGGAGGGACCGAGCGGGACCAGCUGGCGCGGGAGGAAAUGUUGCAGAAAUGCAAACACUUCAUGUCGGAUCCGGUGACCAACAUCGACCAGUUGCUGGAAAAUAAGGAGAACAUGAGGACUAAGAUGGAGUUACUGAUCAUGGAUGUUCAGGCUGAUGUUUGCAAAGCCUUGGCUGAAGUUGACGGUGGUCAGACCUUCAAAGUCGACCGAUGGCACCGUAAGGAAGGUGGCGGUGGGAUAAGCUGCGUACUUCAAGAUAGCAAAGUGUUUGAGAAAGCCGGGGUGAAUGUUUCUGUUGUAUUUGGCAACCUUUCGGAGGAAGCUGCUAAGCAGAUGCGAAGCAGAGGAAAGUCGUUGAAAACUAAAGGUGGGAAACUGCCUUUUUGUGCCAUGGGAGUGAGUUCUGUGAUCCAUCCCAAGAAUCCCCACAUUCCAACCAUCCAUUUCAACUACAGAUACUUUGAAAUUGAAGAAGCAGAUGGUCAGAAAUCAUGGUGGUUUGGUGGGGGCACAGACCUUACUCCGACAUACCUGAAUAAGGACGAUGCUGUCCAUUUUCACAAGACCCUCAAGGAGGCCUGUGACAAGCAUGAUAAAAGUUAUUAUCCAACUUUUAAAAAAUGGUGCGAUGAUUAUUUUGUCAUCAAACAUCGUGGGGAGCGGAGAGGAGUGGGAGGCAUAUUUUUUGAUGAUUUGAAUUCACCCUCAGCAGAAGGGCUGUUCGAAUUUGUCCAAAGCUGUGCUAAGGCUGUGGUUCCUUGCUAUAUUCCUAUUGUGCGGAAGCAUCUCCAUGAUUCAUAUACAGCAGAAGAAAAAGCCUGGCAGCAACUUCGGAGAGGCCGAUAUGUAGAGUUCAAUUUAGUUUACGAUCGAGGAACAAAAUUUGGUCUUGCAACUCCAGGAUCUAGGAUAGAAAGUAUUCUGAUGUCUCUCCCACUGACUGCUAGGUGGGAAUACAUGCAUAGUCCAGCCAAGGGCACGAGCGAGGCAGAAAUUAUGGAGGUCCUGAGGAAUCCCAAAGACUGGGUCCAUUAAUUCAGACAAUCAGGAAUGCCCCCGUUUAACCUAAAAUUAGAAGAUUUUUAAUUUUCUUCUGUAAAAUAUUGAAGAUACGUGCAACAUUGAGCUUAACACAGUGACUAUAUAAUCAUUUUUUUUGUUCUUUGUGUUAGAAUUGUUUCCAGAAUAAUUUGAUCACUUUUAAACAGUGUACACAAUUGAGCUCCAUAAAAGUAUGUACAGUGUUAUCUUUUGGUUAACUACCUUUUCAGCUGCCAUUGGAGUUUACAAAACCAGUUUUUAAUGACAUCCUGAACAGAAAAUGAGCAACAGAUUUUGAGCUGUAUUCAUUGAAAGGCUACGGUAAAAAGAGUCAUAUCUCAGCCAUUCAUUAAAAGUCUUUGAUUGUGGUGUACAUUCUGCCUUGGUGCAGACUUCAGUUGCAAUCAAUUGUGCCAUCGUUACAGAAUUUUUUUAUAUAUCAUAUGUUUGUCAUUUUUUUUAAAAGCAUGUGAACUAUCUUUUUAUAACAAUAACUUUGAAAGUCGAAGUCAAUUUUUGACUAAAAUGCUAAUGUGUUUCUCAAAGAAUGUUUCCUUUAUAUUUAGAUGUGAUGUCCUUUUUUCGAGCAACAUUAGAGACACAGUUUGUAUUGAUAUAUAAAAAAAAAUUGCAAUGGGCAAAGUGGAAAUUAUUUAUUUUCAGUACAGGAUAAGUGGAGAUUCAAAGAUUUUAUACUCUAGAAUCAGUGAAAUAAAAUUACAGUAAAAAUUAUAAGUGGCAUUAUUUCUGCAGCAACGUCUCAUGUGCUUUUUUCACCUUUUGGAUUUACUGAUCUAUUGAAUGGUACCUGGCUGAAAUGUUAAUUAUUUCACUGUUACUAAAAGUCAAUAACUUUUCCUACUUAGAUAUCAAGCUGUGUUACUUACUGAAUGUAAUAAACUGAGUCAUUCUGAUUUCUUCCUUUUUCAUGUCUUGUGAUUUCAUCAGGGCUCAUGAAUUUACAAAUAACAUGCUAUUUUACUUGAUCAGAUUCAAGGCUUAAAUUGAAAAAGCUGAGCUGGUUUGGCAGCAUCUGUCACAGAGAAAUCAGAGUUAAUAUUUCAGGUUGAGUGACCCCUUCCUCAGCAGUUCCAUUAACUCUGAUUUCUCUCCACAGAUGCUGCCAGACCAGCUCAGCUUUUCCAGCAAUUCCUGGCUUUUUUUUUUGUCUGAUUUACAGCAUCUAUCCGCAGUUCUUUUGGUUUUUACUAAGGCUUAAAUUAUUGGCCUAAGAUCAUUAAUUGGGCAAGUUUAUUCUGCUUUUGUAUGUUUUAGUUAUAUGUUACUUUGUUUUCUGAUCUGC